UUAUAACAGACAAGAGCCAGAAGAAGCAGCAGCAGGAAGGGGGAAAGGCACCAAGCGAAAUCCAUGGCGCAAUCGAGCUCGGCGGAGAAGAAGACGGCCGCUGAGGUGGUCGCGGCGCUGGACCUGCACCGCCACCCCGACGGCGGCUUCUACCUGGAGACCUUCCGCGACCCCUCCGUCGCGCUCCCCAAGUCCGCUCUCCCGUCCCGCUAUAAGGUGGACCGUGCUGUGAGUAGUGCAAUCUAUUUCCUACUGCCUGCCCAGGAGAUAGCUCGGUUGCACCGCAUCCCUUGCGCCGAGACAUGGCACUACUACAUGGGAGAGCCUCUCACUGUAUUCGAGGUGCAUGAUGACGGGCAAGUCAAGAUGACAGUUGUUGGUCCUGAUCUUCAACACGGGCAGAGGCCGCAGUACACAGUCCAUCCGAAUGUCUGGUUCGGCGCCUUCCUGACCCAUGACAUCGAGUCCUUUACUGAAGACAGAAGUGUUUUCAUUAAGGCGCCUGGGAGAGACCCUGAUCUGCACUAUUCUUUCGUCGGUGUGACCUGUGCUCCAGCAUUCCAAUUUGAGGAUGAUGAACUGGCCACACGUGAUGACAUGAAAGCUUUGGCUCCGAAGGCAGAAGCUUUCAUCAACUACCUAAUACCAUCUUAGUGCAUUGCUUCUGCAAGUAGCUUGUUCUUCGCAUUGAGCAUCAUUCUGUAUCAGCUUGUAGUUACUGAAUAUUAGUGUGUGAUCUGAUGUUCAGACUUUACCUGCAAAAGUAGUUUGGCACGGAAGUUCAUGUCAUCAUGGAAGUUUUCUUAUGGUUUGUGUGUGAUCUGACGUUCAGACUUUGCCUGCAAAAGUAGUUUGGUACGGAAGUUCAUGUCAUCAUGGAAGUUUUGUUAUGGUUUGCACUUGUUUCUUUCGGACAAAAUGGUGACAUAUGCUUAA